AGUGAACAGAGUCACUUUGGUUCAUCUCUCUUUCUACGAUUGCUGAUUGAUUUCCAAGACGCCAUCGAGAGAGAGCGACGACGACGAAGACGAAGAUCGUGUAGAACCUUCAUGGGACUUCGAUGUUGAAUUCUCUUCUCCUUGUCUUGGCCCUUCUCCGAUUACCCUUUACCGGUCUUUAUCUCCUCCUUGUCUUCCUCCACUCCCUCUUAUAGCCCUCUCUCUCUCUCCCUCCCUCUCUCUCUCACAUCCUUGAUUUAAAAUUCCCUCGUCACUGGAUUUGCUGAGAAAGUUUCAGUAGCCGAUCAGAGGAAAAGAAGGGGAUUUUUCUUCUGGGCUUUUUGUUUUUUUUUUUUUGCUCGGCUGAACAGGUUCACGAGUAAACGGAACAAGCGCAUCGGGGAUUUUUCUUUUAUGCGAUCUGUCUCUAUCGGGUUUUGUGAAGAUCGAGGCGAUAUGGCGUCGGUGUUCUUGUACCAUGUGGUCGGGGAUCUAACGGUGGGAAAGCCGGAGAUGGUGGAGUUCUACGAGACGGAAACGGUGGAUUCGGCGAUCAGGGCAAUCGGAGAGUCGACGGAGUGUGGAAUUCCGGUGUGGAAGAAGAGAUCUUCGCCACUGUCGCAUCCUGGGUUCGUGGAGAACAGCGAGAUGAGGCAACAGCGGUUCGUGGGUAUUCUGAAUUCUCUCGACAUAGUCGCGUUCUUGGCGAGGAGUGAGUGUUUGCAGGAUCAAGAGAGAGCUAUGAAGAUCCCUGUCUCCGAGGUUGUCAGUCCCAACAAUGCUCUCCUCAGACAGGUUGAUCCUGGGACAAGAUUGAUAGAUGCUCUGGAGAUGAUGAAGCAAGGGGUGAGACGUCUUCUGGUUCCGAAAAGUGUCGUGUGGAGAGGUAUGAGCAAGAGAUUCUCCAUUCUUUACAAUGGCAAAUGGCUGAAGAACAUGGAUAGUUCCAGCAGUAGCAGUAGUAGUCUCUCUUCCGAAACCAACAGGCCUCCCACUUCCAUGGCUUCAAGCCCGGACAAGUUUUGCUGUCUCUCACGGGAAGAUGUUAUCCGCUUCCUUAUCUGUUGUCUUGGAGCAUUAGCUCCAUUACCGCUCACUUCAAUCUCUUCUCUUGGAGCCAUCAACCUAAACUUCAACUCCGUUGAAGCUUCUCUUCCAGCAAUCGAAUCCACAGGUGGACCACUCGUUGACCCGAGUGCCAUUGCUGUUGUGGAGGCCAUUGGAAAUGAACAGUAUAAGAUUAUAGGUGAAAUCUCAGCAUCAAAACUCUGGAAAUCCGAUUAUCUCACCGCUGCUUGGGCUCUAGCAAACAUUUCUGCAGGCCAAUUCGUAAUGGGAGUCGAAGAAAACAUGUCACCGAGAUCAUUCAGCGACUUUUCCCGAGGUUCACCUUCACCAACAGGUGAAAGCAAUGCGGGUAAAGGAGGAAACGGGUCGGAAACGAGGCCGAAAAAAUUCAGCAGCAGGAGCAUAGGGUUCAAUCCGACGAGCCCGAGAUCUUUGAGCCAUGGAAGGAGCAUGUACAGGGGAAGAAGCUCGCCUUUGACCUGCAAAACCUCGAGCUCAUUAGCCGCGGUCAUGGCCCAGAUGCUGUCUCACAGGGCAACACAUGUCUGGGUCACGGAGGACGGCGCAGAGGAAGUUCUGGUCGGAGUCGUUGGCUAUGGCGACAUCUUGGCCGCGGUAACUAAGCCUCCUUCUGCAUUCAUUCCUUCGAACCGAUCUUUCGAGGCUUUUGGUAAUGAAAUUCAGAGUUGAUAGUAUCCGAUAUGUCUCUUUCAGUCAUCAAAACGGUACUUUUUUCGAUCAAAAAACGUUCUCAGUUCU